AUGGAGAAGCCGAAAUUCCCAUAUAAUACUUCAUCAAUAGUAGCAGACCUUCUUAUGACCUGGUCGUUUCCGAUGAUUGCGAAGUAUCAAAAACUUGAAGUCAACCCUUCAACACUCAUGGAUAUUCCUGCUAAUCUCAGCCUCGACUCCUUAUAUGAAAAGUUCUCCCGGAAGUGGAAAGAUGAAUUGUUAAAAAAUCCCAAACCCAAUUUAUUCUAUUUUAUUUAUUUUUUACUAAUUUUAAUAUAUAUAAAACUAAUAUAAUAUUUAUUAAAUACUGAAUACUUGCUCUCCUGGUCUUGAAAGAACGCUAUAUAUAUUCAAGCUUGAAAUCCGCCCACCCCAAGUCCAGCUACUUAUCUUUGAUAGUAAUAUAUCUGAAAAAAAAAAUGCAACAUAAUCGGUAUUCAACAAUUCUAAUAAAAUUUUUAGCAUAUUUGAUUAUAUAUAUCUUUUGUGGAUGGUGAUAAAAUAUCUCGCAUAUAUAAAGUUAAUAAAAUGUUAUAAUAAUUUUUUCCAGAAUUUUUUUAAUCCUUAUUAUUCAUCGAGCGAUAGUGAUUAGUUCGAUUAAGGAUAAGCACUUAGAGUCCUUUAUAAGAUUUUCGGCUGGGAGUACUUUUUUUGCAUACUCCCUAUGGUAUUUAGCUAUAUUUUUCUUCUUUGCCAAUCAGUUCUGGUCAUGUUUUCUAUACGGUAUAUGAACUCUGAUGACGUUGAUGAUUAUCAAGGUGCCCUGUUAAUUCUCGGCUUUGCUGGCUUGAUGAUAAUAGGGAGUCUUUGCAACAAUCUCUCAGGAUUAAGAAUUGUCCUUCUAAUUGGGAGAUUAAAAAAUAUGAUUUUUAUAUAUAAAUGGCUGGGAAUUUAUAGAAAAUCUGCAAAAUAAAUAUUUAUUAAGGGAUAGAAUACACUUUCACGCGCAGUGGCCAAUAAAAUUCUCGAUAUAAAACUUACAGAAUUUCAAGGAAACAAUAAAGGAAAAGUCAUAAAUUUGAUAUCAACUGACAUGGAGCUCCUUGAACUUUUUAUCACUUCAACUUGGAUGUGGGUUUUGCCUAUCUAGUUAAAUUAAAAAUGGUUAAUUAUGAAACUCUGAAGGGUGAAAGAGCUUGCUAGCAUUAAUAGCGUAUUUUAGAAAAGAAAAAAUAGCAUGCUUAUGGCUGCAAAAAAUUUAAAAGCUGCAAAUUUCAGAAAAAAAUAAUUUAAUUUGCCUAUUUAUUUAGCAGGUGCCUUUAUUGUCCUUGGAGUCGUAAUGGGACCUGCAGGAGUGAUAGGCUUGAUCGUCUCAACUCUUCAUGUGCCACUUAUUCUUUGACUAAGUAAGUAUACUAUUUGAAAUUAAUUUUACCUACAAUAUAAGCAUUCUUAUUUUACAUGGCCAAUCACAUUACUAAUAAUAAUUAUAUUAUACCUUAAAUUUUCAUUUUCCAAGCCAUUUUUCUUAUAUUUUUCAUUAUAAGUAAGAAUAUGUAUUGAGAAUAAAAAUAUCUCUGACACAAAUAAGUGACAUGAGAAUUAAAACGAUCAGCAAUUUAAUUGAAGGGAUCAGAAUUGUGAAACUUUACGGCUGGGAAGAACCUUUUAUUAAAUACCUUUGUGAGUAUAAGAAACAAGAGUUCAAAAAGUUUAUGUCGUCUGGAUUUAUCAAUGGAUGCUUAAAAGUCCUUAUUUUUAGUGGGACGGGGAUUACAAUAUUUACGAUGCUGGCACUUUAUAAUGCUUUUGGGCAUACGAUAAAAACUGAAAUUGUGUAUUUAUGCUGCGUUAAGCAAGCAUGCUUUUGUUUGGUUUAACUUCCCCUUUGAAUUAGAAGAAAAUAGAUAUUUUCUACUUUAAAAGUGUUAAUUUUUUUUAAAAUAACUAUGUUUUUCAUAAAAAAUUAAUUAUAAAAGUUAUCAGUUUUUAAAUAUUAUUCUAAUUAUAACCCCUUUUGAUUAGAAUUGAUUGUAGGUAAAUUUACGAUUUCAGCGACAAAAAAUUUUGUCUAUAUAAAUUACUAUUUACCUAAAACAUAUCCAGCUACCCAAUAAAGGAAUUUACCGAUAUUUGGUUCCAAUUUAAAGGAGGAGUAAUGUAAAAUUUAAUAUAAACUCAUUUUUAAAGUAUUUUCCUCACAAUAAAUUCUAUUAAUUCAAUUGAAAGGUAUAGGUUUUUUCAAUUUUAUUCCAAACCCAAUACUCGGUUGAUACAGUUAUAACAGGAGCGAGGACUACCCUUCUCCUAUUAACCGCUAUCAAGCGAUGCAACCAAUGCUUACUGAUCCCUGAAAAAUCCCAUAUUCCAAUAGAAGAGUCUCAAAAAAGGCCUGUAAGAGUUAACCAUGCCUAUUUUUCAUGGCAAGAUAUAGCACCAGCUAAUAGCAAAACUGACAGUAACUUAUUAGAGGAUAAUGCCAAUGAAAUUUGCUUAAAUGAUGUCAAUUUCAAGCUGAAAAGUGGAGAAUUAUUAUUCUUUUUGCAAUAAAUAGAUAUAAAAAAUAGCAUAGCUUAGCCUUUCGUUAUAUAUUACAAUUAGUAUAGUCGUCGUUGGACCUGUAGGAGCCGGAAAAAGUUCUUUACUAAUGGGACUUUUAGGUGAAAUAAACAUCGUCCAAGGAGACUAUCAACUAAAUCAUACUGUAGCCUAUGCCUCAGAUGAGCCUUGGCUGGUCGCUGGGAGCAUCAAAGAAAAUAUUCUUAUGGGCUUAGAAUAUGAUGAAAAUGUAUAUAAUGAAACUGUAGCAGCUUGUGCACUCGCCAAAGAUUUUCAGUUAUUUGAAGCUGGGGAUGAAACUUUAGUUGGAGAUCGUGGAAUCACUCUAAAUCACCCUUUAAUAAUUAGCAAGGAUUAUAAAUAUUAUUGCUAUUAUUUAAGAUAUCUUUUAGCAAUUAUAAAUAAAACAUUGACUAAUUUUGUGUUUUUUCAUUAUCUUAGUGCAUUAUUUUGAAAAAUAAUAUUUUUUAAUAAAGGAUAAAAAACGUGUUGUUAUUAAAUAGCUAGAGUAAGUGGAGGCCAAAAAGCAAGAAUUUCAUUAGCAAGAGCUGUCUAUUCACAGAAAGAAAUACUCUUCCUUGACGAUCCACUAAGCGCCGUUGAUGCUGAAGUCAGUGGAAUUCUGUUUAAUGAAUGCAUAAAAAAGGCAUUAAAAGGAAAAACUGUCAUUUUAGUCACUCACCAAGUCAAUAUCCUUUCUCAAGCCGAUAAAAUUUUAGUUUUAGACGCCGGCUCUCAGAUUUUCUUUGGAAAAUAUGAAAAAUUUUUGCAAAGUCCUGCUGCACUCGCAGUUAUUGGAGAAAUUGGCUUUGAAAAGCAUAAAACUCAUACUGGACAAGAGACUGAAAAAAAGGUUGGAGAAACUGAAAAAGUUUUCGCUAAAUUUUCUCGCCAUUUUUUUAAAACAAAUAUUUUAAUAAAUUUUAUUGCAGAAAAUUAAUUUUUAAAAUAAUUUUGGAUUAAGCAAAAAAUUGAUGAGGAAGAAAUUGUAAAAACAGUCAAAGCCUCCACAAUUUAUUGGCGAUAUUUCAAAUAUGGAUUUAAAUGGACCAUUGUCCUAAUCUUUAUAAUCCUUGUGCUUCUCUUUUCCCAAGCUUCUUAUCUCAGUAUAGUUUAUUGGCCAUCAUACUGGUCUCGCCAAAGUUCAGAUGAGCAAGACGAGUCUUAUUAUUUGUGGAUGUUCGGUAUAUUAGUCGGAGUUCUGUAUAUUGCAGGCAUUUUUAGGAUUUUUUCAGUCAUAAUGCUAUGCAAUUAUGCCAACAGGGAUCUUCAUAACGCGGCUGUAAGAGGAAUCACUGAGACACCAACUGUUUUUUUCGAUAAAAACCCAACUGGUCGUAUAAUCAAUAGGUUUACGAAAGAUGUGGGGAUUAUUGACGAGCCUAUGACACAUAUGAUUUUGCUUGGAAGCGAUAGGUCAUUGUUUAUCCUUGGCUCAGUUGUUAUGAUGUGUGUCGUAAAUCCUUAUUUGAUAGCAUUUUUCCCUAUAUGGAUAAUAGUGGCAAUUUGUGUAUUUAAGUACACACUGUCUAUAACUAAAGGAUUUAGAAGCCUUGAAUUGGUAUCUAGGAGUCCUUUAAUGGUUUUAAUAAAAUUUACUAGAGAAAUUAUCAAAAAAAAAUUUUUUUUAUAAGAAAAUAUUAAUUAGUCCUAUAAUAACUUGUAUAAACGCAAUGAUAAACGGCUUAUCCACUAUCAGAAGUAUGGAUAUGCAGGAAAACUUUAAAAAACUUAUAAAUGGACUGAUAGUAGAAAAUUAUAAAUCGUAUAUUGGCUAUCAUAUGUUCCUCAGAUUUUCGCAGCUAUAUGUUGAUUUAGGCUGCGUUCUAUUGACUAUUGCUAAUGUCUCUCUUAUUAUCGGUACAAAAGGGAGCCUAAAUCCUAGUUUGGCAGGAGUCAGUCUAUCCUUGACCUGUGGACUUUUAGGAAACUCUUCAGUUUGGACUAAAACUAUGGUCGAAAUCAGCAACUUAAUGGCCUCAGCCCAGCGGCUUCUUGAGUAUGCUGAUCUGAAGCCUGAAGGAGCCUAUGAAACAGCCAAUAAAUUUGCUAUAACAAAAGGAAAAAUACAAUUUGACAAUGUUUUUAUGAAAUAUCGAGAAAACUUUGAUUAUGCCCUAAAAGGCCUUUCUUUUACAAUAGAGCCUGGCCUUAAGGUUGGAGUUGUGGGGAGAACCGGCGCUGGGAAGUCCUCAAUUUUACAAGUUUUAUUUAGACUGGUAAAUCCUGCUCAAGGGACUAUAUAUAUAGAUGACCAAGACUAUUUAGUAGCUGGCCUUCACCAAUUGAGAAAACAGAUGUCAGUGAUUCCUCAGCAGGCUAUUAUUUUUAAUGCAACUUUUAGGGACAAUUUAGACCCAUUCCAUGAGCAUAGCACUGACGAAAUUUUGGCAGCUCUUAAUGAAGUAAAUCUUAGCGGUAUAGUAAGUUCAUUAUCAAAUGGCUUAGAAACCUAUAUAAGAGGGGAAGGCAUAAAUUUAUCAUCAGGUCAAAAACAAUUAGUAUGCUUAGCCAGAGCCAUUUUGAGGAAAAAUAAAGUGGUAAUGAUGGAUGAAGCCACGGCAAAUGUAGACAAUGAGACUGAUAAUAUGAUAAACUCUAUAGUAAAAACCAAAUUUGAAGGCUGUACACUUUUAAUUAUUGCCCAUAGGCUGAGGACUAUUAUUGACAGUGACAAAAUUCUGGUAGUUUCUGAAGGAAUCUGCAAAGAAGAAGGCAAACCAGCUGAUCUCGCAGCCCAGGAAGACUCAUUUUUCAGAAAAAUGAUCGACCAUACAGGCGUUGAGGAGUCAAAAUAUCUGCUUAAUAAACUCAGCAUAUUCUAA